AUGAAGUUCUCCAUCAUCUCUACUCUUCUCGCUGCCACCGCCUCUGCUUUUCCCGCUGGUCAGGAUGCCGCUGCUCUCGAGGCUCGCCAGCUAGGCGGCAGCAUCACCCGCAACGAUCUUGCCAACGGCAACAGCGGUUCAUGCCCUGGCGUCAUCUUCAUCUACGCUCGCGGCUCCACUGAGUCCGGCAACCUUGGUACUCUCGGUCCCCGCGUUGCUUCAAAGCUCGAGGCCAAGUACGGCAGGAACGGUGUCUGGAUCCAGGGCGUUGGCGGUGCUUACCGUGCUACCCUUGGUGACAACGCUCUUCCUCGCGGAACUUCUAGCGCUGCUAUCCGUGAGAUGCUGGGCCACUUUAACGACGCUAACCAGAAGUGUCCUGAUGCUGUUCUCAUCGCUGGAGGUUACAGCCAGGGUGCUGCUCUCGCCGCUGCUAGUGUCACCGACGUUGACGCUGGUAUUCGUGAGAAGAUCGCUGGAGUUGUUCUCUUUGGAUACACCAAGAACCUCCAGAACCGUGGAAAGAUUCCCAGCUACCCCGAGGACCGCACCAAGGUCUUCUGCAACGCUGGUGAUCUUGUCUGCACUGGCUCUCUCAUCGUCGCUGCUCCUCACUUGGCCUACCAGAGCGCUGCUUCUGGCGCUGCUCCAGAGUUCCUGAUCCAGAAGGCUGAUGCUGCUGGAGCUGCCUAA